AUGCCUGGUUAUUCUGAUCCUAACUUUUACUAUGAGUUUACCGCACGAUAUCAUGCAGCCCCUUGUAACAGUAUAUAUAACACUUCUUUCAAGAAGAAUUUGCUUCAGAUACUAACCAAACUUGUUGGCGAGUUAUCCUGUGAUGUCUCAUUACGCAAGUCAGAAUGCCAUCGUGUAAAAAUGCAAAGAGCUGGAUUGCAAAAUGAGCUCUUUUUUACUUUUACAGUUUUUCCUCUAGAUGCAGAAAAAGGCAAAAAUAUGUGUCACAAAAGUGUAUGCGAUGUAACAAGAAGAUUACAAAAGGCAAAAACCCUGAUAGAGGAAUUUUUUAGCCAACAAGUUGAAGUUCUUGGGAAACUGACAACACCACUCCCUGAGAUCUACUAUAUAGAAGGCACUCUGCAAAUUGUGUGGGUUAAUCGCUGUUAUCCAGGCUAUGGAAUGAAUCCCCUACUACAUCCAGAUUGCCCUAAUUGUUGUGUGGUUUGCAGUCCGGGAACAUACAACCCUCAUGAAGGAACACACUGUCUUCAGUGCAACAAGAGCUUGACAUAUGGAGCACGAGAAUGUUGACAGACUGCUGGCACAAACAAUUUGCUGUGUUUAGUGAUACCAAUGUAAUUUACAUCUUGCAAACACAAAUAAAAAUAUUUAAAAUAACCC